CACAGAGACGAGAGAAGAGUAAAGGAAGAAUCUGGCCAAACAGAACUGAAGAAGCCUCUUGAAUGGGGGAUGAAACAUCUUCAACAACCUUGGCCUUUUUUCAAGCUCUUGAGACUUUCACUAAAAACCUCAAGUGUUUCUCCUGAUUCGAAGGCACCAUGAACAACACAACAGACCUUAUAACUCAUCCAGAUUUGUGGCUCAACAUGACGGCUGUAAACACCACCUCAGUUUACUAUCCUGUUUUGUCAUCAGCAAUGAACAAAGCCAUUUCAAUAAUAGUUAUAAUUGUCAUCUUCAUCACCAUGAUUUCACUUGGAUGCACCAUGAAGGUGUCUCAGAUCAAGUAUCACCUAAUGAAACCAAAGGGGGUGGCUAUUGCAGUUGUGGCCCAGUAUGGCAUCAUGCCUCUUACAGCCUUUUGCUUAGCUAAGGUGUUCCAGUUCGGUGAUAUAACAGCUGUGGUUGUUCUGAUCUGUGGCUGUUGUCCUGGAGGAGCUCUCUCCAACACCCUGACUCUGGCUCUGCAGGGAGACAUGAACCUCAGCAUUGUGAUGACCUCCUGUUCUACGUUGCUGGCUCUGGGUAUGAUGCCUCUCCUGCUCUUCCUCUACUGUCAGGGCUUCCCCAACAUGCAUAACACUGUGCCUUAUGUUGAAAUUACUGUAUCGUUGGUCAUGAUGCUUGUGCCAUGUGGCAUCGGCAUCCUCAUCAACGCCUACAGGCCGCAGUACUCGAAGAUGAUCACAAAGGUAGGCAUCACUAUAAUGGUGAUUUUUGGUGUGGUGACCUUAACUUUAACUAGCAUUGGAUUAGGAGGCAUCAUCGUGGCUCUGCUGUCUCCUCCACUUUUGGCCACCGCUGCUCUCAUGCCUUUGAUAGGCUACUCCUUUGGAUAUAUCAUCUCUGCAAUCUUCAGACUCAGCCAGGUGGAGCGGAGGACCAUUUCUAUGGAAACAGGCUGUCAGAAUAUCCAGCUGUGCACCACCAUAUUGAAGAUAGCCUUCCCCCAGGAAGUGAUAGGCCCUCUGUUUCUGUUCCCAACAGUCUACGUAUUGCUUCAGCUGUUGGAAGCAGUGGUAAUCUUCACACUGUUUAGGUGCUACAAAAGGCUUACAAGAGAGGAUACAGUAUUUGACUCCUGGUUCCACUUUGCGCUUCCCACCCUGGAUUAUGAAGAUGACAAGAUGGCGCCGGUGAGAGAUUUACCGGCCUGCGGUCACUGGAGAGGACCUGAAGGAGUCUACUGUGUGACAUCAAUCACCUCCCAUAUAUUUUAAUGUGAAUUCUCAGACGGCGAGCACAAAAAGCCUGCAGCUGAUUGAACAAAGGAUGUGCUACUGUAGGGCAGACAUUUCUUGAUUAUGAUAUUUUAAUCUGAUACCUUUAAAUGCAUUUGUAACUUUGGUUAUAAAGCACUCGAGACAAAAUCUAGUUUUAAUUGAAACUCUUUUAUUGGUUGAAUCUACUGUCUUUCUACACAGUACAAACUCCCAUAAUAGUUUUCACUGAAAAUAAAAUCUUCAUGCACAAAAAUGUAUUUUUCCAA